AUGGGGGUCCGACUCCGGGACAUCCAGCGGUCCCUGAGUGUAGUCUUGAUCAGGGCCGACGGCCUGGACCAGGCAAAGCACAAGUGCCCAAGGUCUAUGACAAAGACACAUGGGUUUGAAGCCCUGCUGCGUCCAAGCUUGUCAGUGCUCAUGCUUUGGGCCCAGGGCCAUGCGCUGGGGUUCGAGAUCAAGGAUGCAGAUGUGUACAAGAAUACAAAUUCCAAUGUGGAGGGGAUUUAUCGGCUUCUCGACAAAGUCUACAACAACUGCAAUCGAGCACUUCCUGUCCACAUCUGCAUCGUACAGGACAACUGCAGUCGGGACUGCAAAAAUGGUCUCCUCCUCUCGUGGUGUGUCAAGCUCCACGUAUUGCAGGUCUGCGAAAGGAUCAGCCUGCAAUAUCCCAGCAAGGGGCACACUCACGGGCCACUUGAUGGGCUCGGAGGCCAGGCUGUGACAAAAUGCAGUGCCUGCGAGUUCUCCGAUGCCGACAGUUUGGUGGAGAUCUACGAUGGGUUCUUGCAGCAGUCCACUGUGGAUGGGGGAGCAAGCUUCAGAGGCGAUGAGCAAGCCAACUGGCAGAGCUGGUGGGAGGAGGUCGGUUUGGUCUUCUCCAACCUGUUCGAGAUCACGACCUUGAAAGAUCUCGGCUACCUGCAAGACCGGGACAAAGUGGUUGCGAAAGCAUUGCAGGCUCACCGAGAAGGGUGCAUCAAUGAUGCUGCUCGUGAUUUCUUGGUCGGCUGGGCCAAGGGCACUUUGAGACGACACCCGCGACCUGCCCAGUAUGAGUUCUUGAACCACAACAGGCAUGCGUUUGAUGCUCUUGCUCCUGCAGCUGCAAGGGCUCCACUGGCACCAGAAGAGUACCGGCCGAUACAUGUGCAGGCAGAUGGAGGAGGCAACUUGCCCCCAGGGCCUGAGGACGAUGAAGCAGACGAGCUGCCGGAGUAA